CUGAUGAGGUGCCUCUAAGCACAUCUGGCAUCCUGAGCUCCUGUUCCACUGCUUCCAACAGGUCACGAAAUAGGACUCGCUAUCGAACCAAAGCCGUGAGCUCUGAGGUGGAUGAAAGCCUCUUUGGGGUUGUCAAGCCCCUGGUCCAGGGCCAGAGUGACAGCCCCAUCGUGCUGCUCCGAGAUAAGCAUGCCAUCCGGGAAACUCUCACUGCCUUGGGCUUAGACCACAAGCCAGAGACCAUCCAGCUCAUCACCCGGGACAUGGUCCGAGAACUCAUUGUUCCAAAACAGGACCCCUCUGGAGAAUCCCUGAUCAUCAGCCCUGAGGAGUUUGAGCGGAUCAAAUGGGCAUCCCACGUCCUGACCAAAGAAGAAUUGGAGGCCAGGGAGCAGGCCUUUAAAAAGGAGAAGGAAGCCAUUGUGGAUGCAGUGACAACACGCAAGAAGAUCAUGAAACAGAAGGAAAUGUUGUCAAAUUUCCACAAAAAGCUCAGUGACCUGGAGGAGGAGGCCAAGGAGCGGGCCCAGAACCUCCUGCAGAGAGCCAAUAAACUGCGGAUGGAACAGGAGGAAGAGCUCAAGGUUAUGAGCAAGAUUAUCCUCAAUGCCAAGUGCCACGCCAUCCGGGAUGCCCAAAUCCUGGAGAAGCAGCAGAUACAAAAAGAAUUGGAUGCAGAGGAGAAGCGGUUGGAUCAGAUGAUGGAAGUGGAACGGCAGAAAUCCCUUCAAAGGCAGGAGGAACGAGACAAGCAAAGGAGGGAGGAAAGAAUUAGAGGAAGAUGGCAGAUUAUACAGCAAAUGGAAAAGAACCAGGAGGAACGAUCGCUACUUGCAGAGCAACGGGAGCAGGAGAAGGAGCAGAUGAUGGAGUAUAUGGAACAGCUCCAGGAGGAGGAUUUGCGGGACAUGGAACGAAGGCACCAGCAAAAACUGAAAAUGCAGGCUGAGAUUAAGCGCAUCAACGAGGAAAACCAGAGACAGAAAGCAGAGCGGCUGGCUCAGGAGAAGCUAGCAGACCAGAUGGUGAUGGAGUUCACCAAGAAGAAGAUGGCUCGAGAAGCAGAGUUUGAGGCUGAGCAGGAGAGAAUCCGAAGGGAGAAAGAGAAGGAGAUCACCCGCCUGAGGGCUAUGCAGGAGAGGGCCCAGGAUUACCAGGCAGAACAGGAUGCCUUGCGGGCCAAGCGCAAUCAGGAGGUGGCAGACCGAGAGUGGCGCAGAAAGGAAAAGGAAAAUGCCCAGAAGAAGAAGGAGACAGAAGCCAAGCUGCGAAAAAGUCGGCUAGAACAGGUGGCUUUCAAGGAGCACACUUUGGCUGUUCAGGUGCAACGGGACCGGGAUGAGUUCGAAAGGAUUCUUCGGGCUCAGAGAGAGCAGAUUGAGAAGGAGCGGCUGGAGGAGGAGAAAAAGGCCACAGGGCGCCUACAGCAUGCCAAUGAGCUCCGUCGGCAGGUGCGUGAGAACCAGCAGAAGCAGGUGCAGAACCGAAUUGCUAUCUUUGAAGAGGGCCGGCGCCUCAAAGAGGAGGCCCAGAAGCGGCGUGAGCGCAUUGAUGACAUCAAGAAGAAGAAGCUUGAAGAGCUGAGAGCUACCGGUCUUCCUGAGAAGUACUGCAUUGAGGCUGAGCGCAAAGCUAACAUCCUGCCAGUCACCUCUGUGAAAUGAAGGGGAACCUCCAUGGCCUUGGGGAUGCCUUGAGGGGACAAAUUCUGCCUAGUCUCUGGGGUGUCCAGAGUUGCUGCUAACAUAGACAUUUCAUAGUUACAGAUUAAAUCUAUUCUACUU